AUGGAAUCUAAGAUAGAAGAGGCCCUGAAAUACCUUGAAGACUUUCCGGAGUCAAAAAUCAGCACCGUGGCACGAGAAUACGGCGUGCCACGUGGCCGCCUGCGCUCCCGCCUCGAUGGCCGUGGUCCAAAAAUCGGGCGGCCACCCCCCCAUUCAAGGCUUACGGGGCCAGAGGAGAAGGCCAUUUGCCGCUAUAUUGAUCGCCUUGAUAGGAUCAAUCUUGCCGUGCGUGUUGAAUUCGUUGUCGAUGCAGCAGAAGCGAUCAUCAACGAGCGGUGUGGCACAUCCAACAUUGAGCCCUUGGGCCGUAUGUGGGCUCCUCGCUUUCUCAAGCGCCACAAAUACGAUAAACGGUUCCAAAAGAAGCUCCAUUCUGAUCGACAGGCCUCCGAGGAUGUCAAUAGAGUCAGUAUAUACUUUGAGCGUCUCAAUGCUAUUAUCCAAGAGCACGGUAUACAACCAGAAGAUAUAUGGAAUAUGGAUGAGACUCGGUUUCGAAUUGGUGUUGGAAAGGAUCAUCUGAUCGUUACCAAACGAAAGAGAGCGCAUUAUUUUGGGCUGCCUGAGAAUAGAGAGUCCGCCACGGCGAUUGAGGCUAUAUCAGCAGGUGGGCAAUAUAUACCUGCAUUCUUAAUCCUCUCUGGGCAAUGCCACAUGUCUGCAUGGUAUCAAAUUCCUGGAUUGGAUCAAGAUAUGGUACUUCGGCCAACCCCUAGCGGCUAUUCCAACGAUGAGAUUUGUCUGGAAUGGCUUCAGCACUUCCAGAAGCACUCAGCGAAGAAAACUCGAGGCGCAAAGCGACUCCUUAUUAUCGAUGGCCACGGCUCGCACCAUACCAAGCAAUUCAUCCAGUUUUGUGACAACCAUGAUAUCAUACCGUUUGGCAUGCCACCAAAUAUGACACAUAUACUCCAGCCACUUGACGUAGUGGUUUUCCAGCCAUUGAAGCAUUACCAUGCUAAGGCCUUGGAGGUUAUGGCUCGUGAUGGAGUGGUUAAUAUUGGCAAGCUUGAGUUCCUUUCCUGUGUUGGAGAUGUACGGCUGCAAGCAUUCAAAGAGAGCACCUCAUUAUCUGCGUUCAAGAAGACCGGGAUCCAUCCAUUCAACCCGCAUCCAAUACUACAAAUCCUAGCGGCACGUCAACCUGAGAAAACACCAAGCCCACCAUACAGCGGCCCACUCUCCUCACCAUUUGAUACCCCAAUUACACUCCGUCACAGUGUGGCUAACAAUCAGGUUCAAACUUGA